CACUGCAAAUCAAUGAAGCCAGUCAAACAAACGGGGUUGGGCAACCGAAGUUGGGACAAUUUACGGAGGUUUCUGUUGCCGGAUAGUCGACGUCAAUAAGGAUAUGUACACAUCUGAUAUGUAUAGAGUCCUGUUUUUGUGUCCUUUAGAGGAGUAAGGAAGAUAUCUCUGUCAAAUAAUUUUCUACAUACACCAAGUGUUUGAUGUAUUUUUCGCUAGAAAAUUAUAGCUCAACUGAAAAAACUGCCCUUCCUAUUCGAUCUGAGGAUGAUUUUUGCUAAUACUGGACACCCACUAAGGACUCCGUAUCGCAAACAGCCACUUAUUGCCUCGUCAUCACACCCCAUGGCUCCACCCAGCCCGAGCACCAACAGCAGCAGCAGCACUGCAGGCUGGGAUCAGCUCAGCAAAACCAACCUCUACAUCCGAGGCCUGUCCCCUUCAACCACAGACCAUGACCUGGUCAAGCUCUGUCAGCCGUAUGGCAAAAUUGUAUCAACAAAGGCCAUCCUGGACAAGACUACAAACAAAUGCAAAGGGUAUGGCUUUGUGGACUUUGACAGCCCCGCUGCAGCUCAGAAAGCUGUGGCUGCCCUGAAGACCACUGGUGUCCAAGCUCAGAUGGCAAAGCAACAAGAACAAGACCCGACAAACUUGUACAUCUCCAAUCUGCCUUUGUCUAUGGACGAGCAGGAACUGGAGAACAUGUUAAAGCACUUUGGCCAGGUCAUAUCGACACGCAUCUUGAGGGACUCCAAUGGAAGCAGCAGAGGAGUGGGCUUUGCGAGGAUGGAGUCAACUGAAAAAUGUGACGCAGUCAUUUCUCACUUCAACGGAAAGUUUAUUAAGACACCUGCAGGUGUUCCAGCACCGCCUGAACCCUUGCUGUGCAAGUUUGCUGAUGGUGGACAGAAAAAGCGACAAAAUCAAAAUAAAUUCUCCCAGAAUGGUCGGGGCUGGGGAAGGGACGGUGACUCCAGACUGGCUGGAAUGACACUCACAUAUGACCCCAGUGCGGCUGCUAUGCAAAACGGAUUUUUCCCACCAACAUACAGUAUUUCAAACAGGAUGAUUGCUCAGACGCCCUUGGCACCAUACAUGUCCCCUGUUUCAACAUACCAGGUGCAGAACGCGUCCUGGGUGCCUCAUCAGCCGUACAUCAUGCAGCACCCAGGGACAGUGAUAUCGCCCUCCAUAGACCCAUCUAUGUCACUACAGCCUGCUUCUAUGAUGGCCCCACUCACACAGCAGAUGAGUCACCUCUCUCUGAGCAGUGCAGGAACGUUUAUGGCUACCAACACAGCUAUGCAAGGAGCGUACAUCCCACAGUAUGCACACAUGCAGACGUCAACUCUUCCUGUGGAGGAAAAUGGUGCACAGUCACAAGUAGACUCUUCUGGUAAUCAUUCCCCAUAUUCCUACCAACAAACCAAGUAGUGCCGAGGCAACAUUUGGACAACAGCUUAAACAAUCCUGUCUACAGAUGCAAUGGAUGCUGAGGAAUCUUUUCACAGUUUUGCACAGGUUCUGCAAAUGUUCAAGUGAGACUAUUUUUGGUAUCAUUUUCAAAGUGAAUAUCUGAGUUCAUCAAAUGAUUCAAAUUAUAUUUAAGAGAAAGUUUUGAAAAAAGUUUUAUUUUCCUACUCGAAAAUGUUUAUUUUUUACCACAGAUUGCCACAGGAUACACGAAAGAAUCAUUUGACUAGUUGUUCAAAGUGCAUGAUAAGUGAAUAUGUCUUUUGUUAAUAUUUCUUUUUUCUUUUUUUUCUUUUCUUUUUUUUUUUUAUUUCCUCUUUCCAGCCAGACUUUUUGCAAAUGAUGUUUUUGUGCUUGCUGUGUGAGUGUUGCUAUGGUGAAGUGUUGUGUUGUUUUCUUGUAAAGUGAUUUAUCUCAGUACUUUAGAUUGAUCUUGCUGUCUAAUUAAAAUUUGCCUUCAUAGUUUUGAUACAGUAGUUGUACAGACCACCACAGAAAGCGGCAAUAAGCGAAAAUGUCGAGAGCUAUUGCCUUGGAAAUGAGCUUUGUAGGGCUUUUUUUUUUUUAAAUAAAAUUGACAUUUAUGUGUU